GUAGUCCUCAGACAGUUCAUCAAGUUCACCUGAAUCCAGGAAGUUCUGACAGUAAUACUUAUCAGAGUAUUCAGCAGAUGAGAAAUGCAAUGGAAAAAGAGAUAAAGAGUGAGAGAACAAGAGGAAAUGGUAGAGAGUUAGCAUUUACCCUCAUGCCAUUGUAUGCUCUUGGAGUGGGAGUGUUUGCAGCAUACAAAUUUCUUAAGAUGAAAUCCCAUGAAGAAAGUCUCUCCAAAAAGGAAAAAAGUACAGAAGACAAGGCAAAGGAAACAGAGCAUCAGCUUUUAGAAUUGGAGCAGCAUCUAGCACAGACAGAGAAAAUGUUAAAUUCUUUAUUGACUCAAUUGGAUCCACUGUCAAACUGCGUUAAUGCUUUAGCUUCUGAGCAGAAAGAUGAAAUAAUGACACAGCUCAAAUCAAUUAGACGACUGAUGAAAGAAAGUGGAUUGGAUAAAUCAGAACACAAGAUGAAAGAUGUCAACCACAUUUGUAACGAGAAACUUGAAGAUCUCAUUCAGUCAUUUGCUGAACAUUCUCAAGAGAAAGAAAUGGAUGACAGAGAAGAUGACAGUAAUGAAGAUUUACUUGAGUAUGUUGAUAAUGAUUACAAAAUAGAAGAGCAUGAAUUAUAUGAUGAGUGUGAAGUACAUCAGUUUGAGCCAGAUGUGGUAGAAGACCAAGAAAUUAUAAACAAAGAUGCUAUUGAAUCAGAAGAGAUAGGAUUGAGGAGACGUAAUAGAUAUGAAUGAAAUCUGCAUGUGUAAAACUUUCAAAAGCUUCUGAAUUAUUUUUUUAUAAUGUUGUAUGCACUUUAAACUGUUUUGAAUGAAGUUAUGUGCACUGCUAUACGCUUUAAAAAGGGGGGUGAAAUACUGCCUGGGCUUGAAUCUGUGGUGGUUCUGUGACUGACUUCAGUGGUAGCAGAAUUUCACUCAGGAUGUUUACAUACUUUUUUCUAUUUAUUUUUUUUCCUAUAAAAAUAUUUCUGUACUC